GCUUUUCUCGCGCCUCUACUAUGGCGAUCGUGCUCCCCCGGUAUAAAACCUGGCUCUUCAGGAUGUCAUCUCCAGCAAAUCGCAGCAUCUCCAGCGCCUUCAGCGACUCCAUCCAACCCCCAUAACCUCCCCAAUCCCUCGCAAUGCCUGUUCAGCAGUCCACAUCGAGCGCCGCGCGCGCCGCGUUGCGGAGAUGCAGGCCGUAUGGAGCCCCGCUCGACAACAAUGGCAAGCCCAAGGUCGCGCGCCCGCCCAACGCGUUCAUUCUGUUCCGCUCCGACUACAUCGCGAAGCAUGAGGGAGAGAAGCACCAGCGCAGUCUCAGCCAGGCGGCGGGGGCGACGUGGAACCUCCUGACCGACGCGGAGAAGCUGCCGUACCAGCGCAAGGCGCAGGAGAUCGCAGAGCGGUUCAAGAGGGAGAACCCCGAUUAUGAGUGGAAUACGCCCAAGGCGCCCUCCUCAAAGUCCCCUCGCUCCCGCGCCAAGAAGUCCUCCCCAUCCUCCGCUGCGUCCAGCUCAAAGACGCCUCGUACCAAGUCCGGCCGUGCUGCGAGCGGUGCGGCGGCGCCAGCCUCGCCGAUCACCAACUCGGACGCGUCGACCAUCGACUGGAGCGAGGUGGAACUCUUCAGCGUCCCCUCCCCUUCCCCCUCCUCCUGGAGCACCACCUCCGUCACUUCGAGCUCCUGGGAGUCCGGCGCGCCCACCCCAGUCGUCACCUUCACCGAGGAUGACUUCACGCUGCCAGCUGCGUUCACUGUAGAUGAGCCCGCGCCUAUCCCAGAGGACCCAGCCUUCUACCAGACCGAGCCCCCCUACGUUCCAAACGAUCCAUACUUUUGCAACGAGGUGUACCCCUACCCCACAGCCGACCCCAGCAGCCCGGAGUUCGCUGCUCAGCUCCAGCAGUUCGCUAUCCUCCCGCACAGGCAGGAAGUCGCCUACGAUACCUUCCUCUGCGACGGAAGCUCGUGGUAAAGCAAUCGCUCGCCUCACCUCUAUCGGUUGCGGCUGCCCUCCAUCGUACUAUACUUCACCUUCACGACCUCUGACGACAUUUUACGCCCUUACGAUCUUCAAUGCCUUCCUACUAUCGGAGUCUCUUGUAUUAUGUUCCCUAUUUGACUGUAUCCAUAGUUCUUGUAUCCCAGUUACCGUCAAUCGUACCCGUCUAUUGUUCCUCU